AUGUUCUCUCGAGUUUGUAGUGUGUUUGGAAUGUCUUGUCAUAUCACCGCUUCCCGGCUGCAGCGCAGAGAGAGCGGUGGUUUUAUCUCCUUCUCACUGAUCGGCCCGGACACUUCCACCAUGUGCCGGGGGCUCGAGAGCCAGACCGCAAAACUCUACACAACACUAGAGGUGUCUCACAGAAAACCUCUGACCUCCCUCCAAACCUCAUCCCGUGUGUCGUUGACUGGUCCUCUCCCAAACUCCUCUGCAGAGAUGGAGACUUUGUUAGAAGUGUCCGACUACUGCCACCCUCGGCCCUGCUCCCCGGAGGGCGAGACCGUGUGUGCCGCCUUGUCUCGCUACGAAAGCACUCUCCGCGACGCCAUCCGGGAGAUCCACGUGGAUGUGAGCGCCUUCAAGAUCGGCAUGGAGCGGCGUUUGGAGGAGACGUCCCAACAGAGCGCGCCUUUGAGCAAAGCAGUGUCCCAACUCCAGGAGGAGAACCAGCAACUCAAGAACCAGCUGGAGGUUUUGACCCGACAAGUGGAGCUUCUCAUGAGCAGGGCGAGUGACAAUGCGGAUGGCAGAAUGAGCAAAAUCAACAACCACAGCUCAAAACUCAACGGCAUUCAUGAGGAGAGCCAUGAAGAAGUGACGGAGAUCUUUUAUGGGAAAGGCCAAGCUGAUAUCCAGGCAUCCGACAGCACUCUCAGCUCCCCCACUCCCACCUCCUGUAGCCCCCCGAUGGGAUCCAGAGUCUCCGCGAUGGUCACCGGCCUCUUAUCCAGCAGCAGUCCAUCCACCACGCGCUUCUCCAGUCGCGCCACUUUCGCCCUGUCCACCAAAAAUAAUGCUGAGCGAGAAGAGCCCAUAGACGUAGAUUCAGCCUCAACCAAUGGCAGCCUGGAGAAUGGACACUCUCAUAACACAGAUCACUCGGUGGUGAACGGAAAGUUGUCCCCUCCCACUGACCUGCCCCUGCACACAGCGCCCUCUGCUGGUCGGAUGCAUCACCUGCCGAUCACCGCCACCACGAAGACCGCAGAGAUCCGAGCGCUGGGAUCUCCCAUCAGCCCCGGCUGUGCCCGCUCCCCCGCCUCAGACAGCCCUCCUCUCAGCCAAUCACUAAACGGCAACCACCAUUCACCGGCUAGGGUGGAGUCUCCAGCUCCCUCAGUGAAGACAUGGACCCCAGCUCCAGUCCGGACUCUGGGAUCUCCUCGGCUUCAGGAACUAGCAAAUUCAGCUCCAGCAAAGUGCGUCACAUACUCUGGACUUCCACAACGGGACAGAGACAGUGAUUGUGACCGUCCCGGGACAGAGAAGAGGAGGGAGCUGGUCCGGUCCCAAACUCUGCCCAGAAGCAUCGGUCAGACUCGUCGCUCCAUCUUCGAGAAACUGGAGUCAGAAUCAAACAGGGGUCCCAAAGCCGUGGAUUCCAAGUCUAAACUGAAGCGGUCUCAGAGUUUCGGUGUCUCCAGUGCCAGCAGCAUCAAACAGGUGCUGCUGGAGUGGUGCCGAUCCAAGACCAUCGGAUACCAGAAUAUCGAGAUUCAGAACUUCUCGUCCAGUUGGAGCGACGGCUUGGCUUUCUGCGCUCUCGUUCACUCCUUCUUCCCGACUGAGUUCGAAUACAUGGACCUGUCUCCUGCAAACAGAAAACACAACUUUGAACUGGCUUUUGGGACAGCUGAGGCAAAAGCUGGUUGUGACCGUCUGAUCGAAGUGGACGACAUGAUGAUAAUGGGCCGUAAACCAGACCCCAUGUGUGUCUUCACCUAUGUCCAGUCUCUUUACAACCACCUGCGCAAGUUUGAGUGA